CGUUUGCUGCUUUACUCUGGCUCGGCACUUCACGGAGGGAGACGACCAGCAACAAAAGCAAAACGAGAAACUUGAGCUUUUCGUCUAGCGUCAGACUUGAUCCAGGAUUGCUUUUUUUUUUUUUUUUUUUUUUUAAAACUCCGUCUCUCCGACCGACUUCACAAAGCAAUCUCGUGCAAACUAAAAGCUGCCCCGUGCACAUCCGGGAUCUUGGUAGGGUCUUCAAUGAAAGGAUCAACUCCGGCUAAAAACUUCAGAAACAGAAAUGUCUGCGACCAUCCUGUCUGCUUUCUACGACAUCGAAAUGCUCUACAAGCAAGACAAAAACCUCAACAUGAACGCGAUCCACCUUAACAGCAUGCUGGACAAGAAAGCCGUGGGGGCCCCCGUCACGGCUUCCAGCAUCCCCACCAGUUGCUCGUACGCUCCGGGAUUUUUCCGUCGCAACUCCAGCAGCAGCGAUUCCGCCACGAACAGCAACAAGUACCCGGCGAGCUCCUACAGCAACAUGAAGGACAACGCGAGCACCGUCACAGCCAUCAUGAACAAGGAGAACCGGUUCCGCGACCGGGCGUACAGCGAGAGCUGUGAGCGCGGCCAACAGAAGCCCAGUUCGCAGAUCAAUUCCACCCGGUACAAGACGGAGCUGUGCAGGCCCUUCGAGGAGAACGGCGCGUGCAAGUACGGCGAGAAGUGCCAGUUCGCGCACGGCUACCACGAGCUCCGCAGCCUGUCGCGCCACCCCAAGUACAAGACGGAGCCGUGCCGCACCUUCCACACCAUUGGCUUCUGCCCCUAUGGCCCACGCUGCCACUUCAUCCACAACGCCGAGGAGCGCCGGCCCGCCCCGAGCAACGCCAACGUCUCGGCCGAGCCCAAGGCGGGGCGGGAUCUGUGCGCCUUCGCUGCGCGGGACGUCGCCCCUCAAGCGGCCGCGUUCAGGGACAGGCCCCGGCUCCACCACAGUUUGAGCUUCUCGGGCUUCUCCAGCCACCACGGACUGGACUCCCCCCACCUCGAGAGCCCCACCUCCCGCACGCCCCCUCCGCCUUGCUCGGGCUCUUCGUGCUCCACCAGCUUCUACGAUGACGCGCUGUCGCCAAGCUCCAUGGCGUGCGUCAACGGCGCCUUCUCGUUCCCCGGGCAAGACCUGAAAGCGCUGCUCGCCCCGCUGGCUGUGCACACGCCGGGCAGCUAUGGCAGCCAGACCAAUGGUGCUUACUACGGAAACUUCCAGGCCACGGUGGGGCCCCCUUCGCCGCCAUACAACCUUAGCCACUUGCAGUCCCUGCACCGCCUGUCGGAGUCGCCGGUGUUCGACUCCCCCCCCAGCCCACCUGACUCCAUCUCAGACCGGGAGAGCUAUGCAAGCGGGUCCCUCAGCUCUUCUGGGAGUCUCAGCGGCUCAGAGUCGCCAAGUUUGGAUGCCGGGAGGCGUUUGCCAAUCUUCAGCAGGCUGUCGAUUUCUGAUGAUUAAGUGUGUGUGUGUGUGUUUGUUUUUUUUUCCCCCCCUCUUUGUUUUCUUUAAUGGACUUGGAGGAGUUGCGAUUCCAAAAGUUAACCGCUAUUAAAAAAACCGCCGUCUCAUCAUGGACGUGUAGAGUUGAACAGACUUAAAAUGCAGGGAGAUGGAUUGUCAGGCCCUUGACAUGGCAUUAGUUUCACAUUUUUGUUUCGGGGGGGUUUGUUGGUGGUAUUUUUAUUUUUUUUUUCUCCUGCUUGAACUGAUAGCUAUGAAAGUAGGUAUCAACAGAAGGCAUUCCAUCGGUGACUUUGUGCUGCGUUAUUGCAGCCCUUUUCUUUAUCAAGACCAUCACGUUCCGGAGACGCACACUUUUUUUUGUGCACAAGACUUUUGGACGUGAAAGCGGUUUCAGAUUUUCCUCCAUCCUACCAAGAAUAUGCCUUGACAAGUAUCAGUUUGCAAAGUAGCCUAUGUACGCGCUUCUGAAAGCUUAAAAGAAACUUCAUUCCAAAAGUUUAACCAGUUUCACAGUGCCACCCAGUGGUUUGGUUGGUUGUUGUAGUUUGUUGCUUAGUUGAAGCACUCUUGUUCGGUUUGUUGGGAAAUCACUGCUGAUGGUUGAAUAUAUAUUUUUUUAGCUGUUUUGAGUGAUUUACAUAGCAGUACAUAACUGGCUAUGAACUAUUUAACUUAUUUAUUAUCUUGUGGAAAAAUAUAGGCUACAUUGGUAAUUAUGUCCAUACUGUAUUUAUCAAGUAUGUUGAA